UCAGCUCACUGAGUGGCAUUUUGGCGGAACUAACUUUUUCACUAUGGCAUUUUUUUUUUCUUGUGAAAAACCGACGAGAGGAAGAAGAGCACGAGACGUUGGAUUUUGAUCCAAGGGUCGUCGUCGUCGUCGUUAGUCUAAUGAUUGAUUAGGAAGGAAAGUACUCCAGCAUCCCCCUAAUGAAUCGCGUCAAAAUCCCCGCCGCCGCGCCGCCGACGACUGGCCGCCGGCGCCGCCGACGAUGAAGGAAGGGAGCGACUCGUCCUCCGGCGUCUCCUCCGGAUCUGGCACCGCCAUGGCGUCUCCUCGUGCGUUCCAGCGCAGGUGGGCCCCCGCGGACGAGAUCUCGCUCCUCGAGGCCGCCGCCUCCCACCGCCAGCGGCACGGAGGGAUGCCGUCGCCGGGCGACCUUGCCGCGGCCCUCCGUGGCCGCCUCCUGACGGAGGACCACCACCUCGACGCCCGGGCGGUCUCCCGGCAGCUGGCCUCUCUCCGCCGCCGGUACGCCGCCGCCUGGAGGCGGCUCUCGUCCCGCGGCGUCGUCCCGGUGAAGGACCACGACCUCAGGAUCUACAGGCUCUCCAAGUCGCUCUGGGAGGGCAGCCGCGGCUGCGGCGCGAGGAAGCCCAUCGCGCGCCACGAAGCGAGGGAGCUCGGGGAGCUGGAAGCGCUGUACCCUUGCCUCUCCGCGGAGGUGGAGGCGGUCGAGGCGAGCCGUCUGUGCGCCGUCCCCGGGGUGUUCAGGAGGUCGUUCCGGCGCAUCGGCGACGAGAAGGCGGCGGAGCUGGAGGCGAAGGCGAAGAGGCUGCGGCUGGCUGAGCUCAAGGUGGGCGUGCGGCUCGACAUGCUGCGGAAGGAGGUCGCAGAGACGAUCUUGGAGCUCAUCGACUGAUCAAACUCAUUUUCAUUGGAUUUUGCUGAUAUAUCAUGCCUUGAGCUUGGCAAUUGGGGGAUGGUUUGAUGCCGGAAGAGGUACGAGGUUCCCAUUUCUUUUGUGGGAAAUUUGAGGGUAGCAAAAGCAUCAGUUGAACUCGUGAGAAUGUUAGGAAUUUGGUGGUAUGCGGCGAAUCAGUAGCGGUCGCUGCAGAGAUAUAGGAUGCCUACCUAACCUACCAGUCUGAAUCAUUACCUGUGAUGAAUGAAAACAUGAAGCUGUUCUGGUAAAAUCAUAUCAGGUUAAAUUUUGCAAAACAUGGCUGGCACCGGCAAAGAGAAGCAUAUUUCCCCAAUUCCCAUAUUUGCAGUUCGAUAUAUCAGCUUCUUUCAUUUCGAUGGCAAUGCUCUGCAUUGUACACCAAUUUACAUUAACUGAGGAGGUAGCUGGUGAAGAACUUGACAAAAUUAAGUGAUACGGGAAGGAAAUUAAGUUGCUGGAAUAAAAUGGAUCUUCUUUUUAGAAGUAUUCUAUUUAUCUUUAGUUUCGCCUUUUUGUUAUUUUUAAGAUUAUUUCUGGCUAUGACAGUUAAAGACUAUGUGUAUGCACCUUUUCCUUUUGUCGGUCAGUCAGUAGUUUCUUCCUGGAUUGUCAGUUAUGAUGCGGUUAACUCUCGCUUGUUUUAUCAUGGGAAAUAUAAUUAUGUUAUGUUUCCAGUUCUAUACCUUUUUCUGAUUAUAUGUAGUGAAUAAUAUGAACAGAAACUGGAAUAUACUAUGUUGGAAUGUAAGAGGUAUCAAUUCUGAAGAUAAAUGGCUGGUCAUCAGAAAUAAGAUUGAGGAGAGUAGUUGUGUUGUUUUC